GCACAUUGCCAAGGCCGCAGACGUUCACGAUCUUAUAAAAGCUUUUUCCGUGUGAAUUUUUCUGCAUUGUAUCAUAUACCUAAACGGCUCAACCGCGAUAACCGACGUCGGUCACAUUCAUGCGAAUACCAUGGCUAACGCGAUUUUCCUGUCAAUAUCGGUGCUGUGCAGUGCGGGAUGGGCUUUAGGGCAGGAGGACGUGAUCAGAACCAGCUUGUUCCCGCCGCUUCCCGUCGCAGUCGCCCGGAGUUCGAAUACGGUGUGCAAGGAGCAUAGUGACCUUUAUGUGGAUAGCUUGAGGAACUACACUCUGUGGGCGUACGAAAUGUGGGAUGCGACAGCCAAAUCCCCAACAGGAGUGCUCAGAGGCAGCGUCUUCCAAAUGGGGCACUUCGAGCAAUGCCUCUCAGCGCAGGCUCCGUUUCCCGCCAAAUAUUGCCUGGCGACGCUCACGGCGAAUGUUCCAGAGCCCAGCCCGCCCAGGAAAGAUUUCCUUUCCCUAGAUUUCGAUCCGCAAGGCUCGGUAUUUCAUAGACUGUAUAAAUACGACGAUGUCUCGCAACAAGCUAGAAACUCAAUCAAGAUGGGCUGGUGUAUUCCUUCCUCGUGUUCUAUCUUGGACUUGGAGGAGUAUCUGAACCAGUAUUUGAAUAGAGUAGAUAACAGUUUGAAAAGACAGAACGUCACGUACACAGCACAGUUUCACGAGGAGCUUUGUAAUACCAAAGCGGAAUCCCAGUACUUUGAUAAUGCUGAUAUCUCCUUUUGCCUCCUUACUGUGAUACUGAUCUUUAUGGUCUUCUUGGCGACAGCUUACGACUACAUAAGCAGCUACCAGACCAAAGACGAGAAGCCUUUAAAAAGGUCUAGACCUACCAAAUUGCUGAUGGCGUUUUCGGCAAGAGAGAACUUUCACGAACUGAACAAGACCGAGGACUCCAAUCCAGCUCUGGGAAUAUUGUAUGGGAUGAGGACGAUAUGUAUUCUGGCCAUCAUCAUGGACCACAGAUUUGGAACUUUCAUCUCUGCCGCUAUUCUGAACUUCGACUAUUUAGAAUCGCAAUACAGAUCAUCGGUGGCCUGCGUACUUUUCCACGGCGACUUGUUCGUCGAUUCGUUCUUCCUGUUGAGCGGACUUCUGGUGGUGUACGUUCUGUUGAAUCAGUUCGAGAAAAGGAGGGUGAACCCCGGAUUCAUCGUGCUUCUAAGAUAUAUCAGAUUGACUCCAAUCUAUGCUUUUGUCAUAUUCUAUUACGCAACGAUUUUCAACCACUCCGGAGAGGGCCCGUUAUGGAAAGUGGUGGCAGGUGGAGAUUCCAAGGAUUGCAGAAAGAACUGGUGGACGAAUUUGCUGUACAUCAGCAACUAUGUCAACGCGGAUCAUAUGUGCAUGACCCACUCCUGGUACCUGCCGUGCGAUUUCCACUACUUCAUCAUCGCCGUAGCCGUAUGCCUGAUCAUCAACAAGGAACGCAAAGUAGGCCUCGGCACGCUGCUGAUCCUGACCAUCGUUUCCAUGGUGAUCCCAUUCGCUUUGACCAUCAUCUAUCAACGACCCGGAUUGAUGCACUUUUAUCCGGAGUUUCUGACCGGACCGAAGACAUAUAUUGACUUCAAGCUGACUUACAGCAAGUCGCAUACGAGAGCUACCCCGUACUUCGUGGGAAUGUUCGCCGGGUACAUUUAUUAUAAGCUGAAGGGGACGAAUGCUCACGUUUGCUGGAGGAAGUCACUGAUGAUCAUAGGAGCAUCAUUGUCAGUCAUGUUGAUCUCCGUAUUUAGUGCAAAGGUUUUCUACGAUCCAUACCACCCCUACAACUCUAUUGAAGCAGCUAGCUACGCAGGACUUCAUAGGUUAGCUUGGGCAGUUGGAAGCGUAGGACUGCUCUAUGUAGCCAGCUUUGGACAUGCGAGUUUCUUCAGGAAAGUACUAUCAUGGCACCCAUGGAUACCACUCAGUAAACUGGUUUAUGGCGCCUAUUUGAUCCACAUGUCUUUCCAGCUCAGGUCUGCUGCUAAAUUCAUGAAUCCCAGGCAUCUAACAUACUUCGACGUGAUAAGCCUCUCGUUGUCAGAUAUGGUGCUGGCCUUCUCGUCGGCCCUGGGCCUCUUCUUGACGAUUGAAGCGCCGUUCAGGAAGAUCUUCAAAGAGCUGUUGAUGACUCCGAAAGAGAAAGACGGAAAAUCGACGACAGGAAGAAUACAUUCCGGAGAUAACAUGAUCAACAACAACAACACCAGUGUUAACAAUAAUCACGAAGAUAGUCGGUUGUGAAUUUGUGGUUGUUAAUUUUUUUCGCCAAAAACAGUGUCAAAUAAGUAAGACUUUCAUCACCGCGUCUGGAUCGGGCUCCUUUAAUGAGUCUUGAAUCUGAUAAUCUCAUCAAGAGGUGUUUCCUUGGAUACAUUUAAGAAGCAAACUGCAAUACAGGUACUGCAUAUAAACAAGGUUACGGUUACGAUUGGCUUUGAACAUACAGGGUGUUAAGCCUUUUCUGAAAAAGGAUUGUAAUCAACCUUCAACCGAUUUUGAUAUAAUUUUGCAGCAGCAGGAUGAUUUACCGAAAUUUUAACUGAAAUCGUUUAAAAAAGCGCUUUAUUUGUUGAUACCAUAAAUUAACAUUAUCAUUUAGAUCGCUGGAAUUACAUGUAGUUGAAUGAAGAUGAGUUUAAACACUAAAAAAAUCAAUAACGACCUCAGGAACGACUCAAUCGCAUUCAACGCGUUCAUCUGAAAAUUGAAAUCAUGCUCAGGAAGAUUCUGCAAAAUUGCUAUCUUGUAAGGAUGGAAAAGAAAAUCAUCGUGAAGAAUCCUCCUCAUAGGACGAUCGGAAAGUCUAACGACAGAUGCUUGAAACUGUCACUGAAUCAGUAUUUUCAGGUGAUCUAAUGCGAGAGACUCCAGUUCUUGACGUGUUAUAAUUGGACAGGUAUUUUAUUAGAACUUCGUAUAAAAGCGCAUUUUAACAACCCUAGAUUAAAACUGCUCUGUUAUGAUAACAAAACGACUGUGAGUUGAAAUGGUAUUUUUCGGCGGCUAUUUCUAAACUGGUGCUUUGCAACAAGGAAAAUUUUACCCAGAAUCAAAUCUCGAUAUUUUCGGAUCGGAAAGAGAUAUCGAGUUGAGGUGUUCGGGAGGUUCUUGACCAACUCUUUGAGAAGAAGUGUAGACUUCGACCAUUUUUUUUAUUUAUACAGGGUGAGCAAACGAAGU